GAUCGGCAGCCUAGCGGGACGGAGCCAUUGCUUUCGCGGUACAUUUCUCUCGUAGUUUCGAUCGGUAGCUUGCGUUGGGGAGGAAUGGAGGAGGAGAUUCGAGCCGCUGAGGCGCAGACCGAUUUGAGGGAGAAUGAGACGCAAACGGCAGCCUUCGAUCUCAUCCAGCCCCCGUCUUGGAUGUUUGUCAACAUCGAGCCGUGGGUCUUUGAAGAGAGAUAUGGAAUGCGAAGAAGACCCCACAGGGAACAAGCAGCGGACGGGGAUCGAGAGCUCUUUGCGAGAGACAAAGAAAUUGUUCCAGUCCGGAUGAAUCCCAUGGUUUUCCCCAACAGAGUUGAGAAGGAAUGGCACAUACCAAGCCUCGAGGAGCUCACCGAGCAGCGAGAUUUCAUGGAGCCCUUUAAGAACUUGCUACUCAAAGAGCUUGCGGAGCUUGAGCCACGCCUGAAAAUCAAGGUGAACGUGGAGGAGUGGCUCCAGGGCGAUUUCAUCGCAAUGACCGAUGCCUACGCGCGACGCGCGACUCGAUCCACCAAGGGAAGAUCGAUCGCGCGAGCGGUUCCACGCCAAAGACACUACUCCGUCCAAGUUGGAAAGCACCGGAGAGUUUUGACACCCAGAUGUGAUCCAACUCUGGUGGUCAAGCUGGAGAGGCUCACGGCGAUCGUGUUGUUCCAGCGCUGCCUCCGCGGCCGAGCAGCACAGAUCUCGGUGCUGGAGACGCGCGAGCGGUGCAUUGGAUUGUACGAGCAGCUAAACCAGCUCGAGAGAUACGAGGAGGUGAAAGAGCCGGAGUCGACGAGGAAGGACAAACUCUGGGGCGCAAAGUGCGUUGUGAGCGUCAAUCUCUCCAACUGGCUCGACGCCAUUGUCAUUCCCGAGUUUAAGUUUAAAACGGAAUAAUAAUAGUAUCUCUCCUGUAAAUCCAAA